AUGAGGACCCCGACCUCGGAAGACGUCGGACGAGAUGCGGAGGUGUUGGAUCCCUUCGAUCCCCCAGAUCGCGUGCAGCCUGCGGAAGCGCCGGAUCCGGUGGUGGAUCCGGCGGAUCCGGCGACCGGGGCGACCGGCCGCAAAAGAUGGGAUUUCAGAUCGCGGCUUCAAAAAGGCGACACGGAGCAACCUGUGGCGGAGCGGACGCGGUCAGCGAUGACCCCCAGCGCCAUGCUUGCGGCGGAGGAGAUGGAAGCUGAAAAAGGUGGCGAUAGCUUCAGCGAUGCCUUCGGUAGCGAGGACGACCUGCCGGUGAACAACUUGGAGGACGCGGAGCCGGAGGAGCCCAAAAAGGUGCCGCAACGAGGUUCCAAGUUGGAUCUUCGUGAAAAGGCGAAAGGUGCGCCGAAGCCCAAAGCGCACAGCUCGCCUUUGAGACGCCUUGGAAAAGAGUUGGGUCUCUCUCCACGCAGCGAAGAUGAGCGACCCAAGGCCAAAGACAUGCGCUCAGCGUCGCGCCUGGCGCGGAGCGUGAGCCGGAACCGCUUCGAUGAGCGGCUGCCGCUGCGGUCGGAAAAAGACGAGCGCUGGGAGUGGUCCCAG